GUGCCAUACGAUUUCCCCAACGGAAUCACCCUUCGUCAAAUGCAUUUCUGCGUUUGAUCGCACGUGCUGGAACAACUGGGUCCCUAAGUCCGCAAAAAAAGGUCUUGUUGGCGUGCCACGUACAGCAAGAACACCUGAAGUGAAAGAAAUGGUGCUAGAUGCUUUUUUACAAGAACCCACAACCAGUAUUCGCACGAUUUCGAGACUUUAUGGCGAAUCCAAAAGUUUAGUUCAAAGGGUACUGAAGGAAAACCAUCAACACCCAUAUCAUUAUACACAGGUACAAUACUUGCAACCACAAGAUUAUCCUGCAAGAGUGGAAUUUUGCCAGUGGUUAUUGCGUCAACAUGCUGACAACCCAAACUUUUUAGACAGAGUAAUUUUUACUGUCGAAUCAUGUUUUACGCGCGAUGGAGUUUUCAGCAGUCGUAACUAUCAUGUGUGGGCUGGGGAAAACCCUAAUGCUACGAGGCCAAGGGCUUUUCAACAUAGGUUUAGCAUAAAUUUAUGGGCUGGCAUCUUAGGAGAUCGUAUAAUAGGACCUGUGGAACUGCCACGUAUACUUAAUGCGGAAAAUUAUGCUAAAUUACUAUUACAUAAUUUGGAAGAUCUGCUAGAUAAUGUCCCCCUUCAGCAUUUGCCACAGUGGUUCCAACACGAUAGUGCUCCGGCACAUUUUCCAAGAAAUGUGAGAGAUAUUUUACAUCACAUGUACCCCAAUCAAUGGAAGGACGAGGAGGUCCUAUUCAUUGGCUCAUUGGCCAGCGAGAUCUCCGGACUUAAAGCCUCUUGAUUUCUUUUUAUGGGGUCAUAUGCAAAAUAACACUUAUUCCGAGCCAAUCGCAACUUUAGAAGAACUUGACGGGAAGAUAAUAGAGGCUAUAGCCACGAUUACACCAGAAAUGUUACAAAAUACAAGAAGGAGUUUAAUUAGAAGAGCCAAUCUUUGUAUAGAAAUGUAUGGUGGUCAUUUUGAACAACUUCUUUAACGUUU